AUGGAGGUGCAUUACAGCGCAGACACGCCUCUACAAGUGAGAGAGUCCAAGUAUCCUCUCCAGCUGCUUACAGAGAAUACUCCAAACGGCAAAAAGGUGCAGAUUCUACUAGAGGAGCUCCACGAUAUAUACGGGCUUUCAUGGACCACUCACCUUAUCGACCUCGAAACAGACGAGCAGAAGAAACGCUGGUUCCUCCAGCUGAACCCAAAUGGCCGGAUUCCAGUCCUUCUAGACAUCGUUGAAGCGGAGACCAUCGUUUCCAUCAUAGAGAGCUCGGCCAUACUCAUCUACUUACAAGAAAAGUACGAUGAACGCAACGUCUUUGGCUUCGAUUCCGCCCACCAGAAAAGCCAGGCGAUACAGUGGCUGUUCUUCUGGCAUUCUUCGGCUCCGGUGCAAGGACACGCUCGGCAUUUUAUGAAGGGAACCGCAGAACCCAUACCAUAUGCAGCGCAAUAUUUCGAAAGGGCCAUGCUUCGCAUAUACUCCGUGCUAGAAGCUCACCUUAGCGGACAGUAUAACGGGCAAUCCGCAGUGCCUCGAGAAUACCUCGCCGGCGAUGGGGUAGGAAAGUAUAGUAUUGCUGAUAUGGGCACUUGGCCUCACUGGAUUGAUCGCAUUGCAGCAAGGCCUGGGGUGCAGAGAGGUAUUGACGCCGGCAAGUAUGACAGUGAAGAGAACCCGGGGCUCUUAGUAUGGGCUGAAUAG